AUGACAUAUUUGUCGUAUAGGAUAGGCCUCAACCACCGGCCGGUCAGCCCUCCAAUGGCUCGCAUACUAGACAUAAGUCUGUACGCAUUGGCCGUAUUCUUCGUGAGCGGCUGGCUCUUCGUAUGGGUCAUGCAUCUCAUGGCCAUAUUCAACGGCAAACGGAAACUCCAUAAGAAGGUCGAAGUGAUAGGAGUGUCUGAAACACCACUCCCAGGCGUAUCUAUCAUCAAACCAUUGGUCGGUAUUGAUCCCAAUUUGUUCACUAACUUGGAGUCGUUCUUCACCAUGACUUACCCACAG